AUGCAUGAACACCCGUGGCAUGCAGGGGACCUGCUGGGCAGAGAGAGGGGUCCAGGUGAGUGUCCUGGUGACAGCCGCAGCGGGUCCAACAGCGAGCUCCGCGGUGGAAUGACCAUUCAGAGGGGGGCUGAGCUGAGCCGGGACGGCCAGGACUUCAUACACUGCAUCAGUCGGCGUCCGGGCGUAGGGUGCUACAGCAAAGUCAGUCUUGGGGACCAAGUCAACCGAACCAAUUUCUCCUCUGUCACAGAGUUCCUGUUGCUGGGAUUCUCUAACCUCGGAGAAAUCCAGCUCAUCCUCUUUGCUGUUUUUCUGUGCUUGUAUCUGAUUAUCCUGAGUGGGAACAUUACCAUCGUCACUGUCAUAUGCCUGGAAUGCAGACUCCACACACCUAUGUAUUUCUUCCUAGGGAUCCUCUCCAUCUCUGAGACAUGCUACACCUUUGUUAUCCUGCCCAAGAUGCUCAUCAAUCUGUUGUCUGUGCUCAGAACAAUUUCAUUCAUUAACUGUGCCACUCAGAUGUUUUUCUUCUUUGGCUUUGCUGUUACUAAUUGCAUGUUGCUGGGGGCCAUGGGUUAUGACCGCUAUGUGGCCAUCUGUCACCCACUGCGGUACGCUAUCCUUAUGAGCUGGCAGGUCUGCACACAACUGGCAGCCAUUUGUGCUGUGAUUGGCUUUUUGUUCUCACUUGUAGGCUCCCUCAUAGUCUUUGAACUCCCUUUCUGUGGCCCCAACAAGAUCAACCACUACUUCUGUGACAUCUCACCCGUUAUCCAGCUUGCCUGUACUGAUCCCUCCAUCAUUGAACUGUUCGUCUUCAUAGGUGGAGUUCUUGCACUCAUAGUCCCCCUGACUUUCAUUUGCAUCUCUUAUGGCUUCGUUGUCCAUACUGUCCUGAGGAUCCCAUCAGCUGAAGGCAAGCGAAAAGCCUUGUCCACCUGCGCCUCCCAUCUUACUGUAGUCAUUGUCCACUAUGGCUGCGCCUCCUUUGUCUACCUGAGACCAUCAGGCAAGUACUCGACCAGCAAAGAUAGGUUUGUGACAGUGACCUACACACUUGUGACUCCACUGUUGAACCCCAUGGUGUAUAGCCUCAGGAACAAGGAUGUCCAGAUGGCUAUCUGGAAAAUGAUUGGCAGAGGAGGAUUUUAA